CUUCCAUUCGGUCAGAAUGAUGCCAUUGGCAAGCUAGGAAGAAAUACUCAGAAACGAGAAGAGGGCAGCCACUGCAUCUUUCUCGAAUCUUCCAUUCGGUUCAUCACCAUUGCAGUUGCAGAUACCUAUUACUUUGACAGAUUCCAUCCCUUCAAAAAACAUUCUGCAAACCAAACGCCCCCUCAUUUCCAUCCUCCACAAUGCAUUCCAAUUUCAAGACCACUGUGAUCUGGUUUCCAAAUUUCAGCAAACUUCGAAGGGAGACGGGGAUGAUACACGUCACAUCCUGUAGUAAAUCUCACUAAAAUCGAAGCAGGGAUGAUUUACGGCAGUGCUAUCAGUUUAUCACGCCAUUCGCGCAAUGGCAGAUGGAACCUGUAAUUUUGACUUCAUAUUCGUCAAAUCAUCUCACUUUCACGGUCACAGCCCCUAAGUCACAGAAGCUCUUGCAAAAAAAAACUAAUACCAACAAACCAUGGUGGAGCUAAAAGUCUCAGAGAGCAGAGACCUAACCCGAAUUGAACGAAUAGGUGCUCACUCCCACAUCCGUGGGCUGGGUCUGGACUCAGCCCUAGAGCCUCGCGCGGUCUCUGAAGGUAUGGUAGGCCAAACCACUGCCCGUAAAGCUGCUGGAGUCAUCGUGCAGAUGGUGAAAGAAGGUAAAAUUGCAGGUCGAGCUGUUCUCCUCGCCGGCCAGCCUGGAACAGGCAAAACUGCCAUUGCCAUGGGAAUGGCCAAAUCCAUUGGACUAGAGACCCCAUUUGCCAUGCUCGCAGGUAGCGAACUUUUCUCUCUGGAGAUGUCUAAAACGGAAGCCCUUAUGCAAGCUUUUAGGAAGGCAAUUGGUGUUAGGAUUAAGGAGGAGACUGAAGUGAUUGAAGGGGAAGUUGUAGAAAUCCAGAUUGAUCGUCCCGCGGUGGCGGGAGCAGCGUCAAAAACGGGGAAAUUGACCCUGAAAACAACAGAGAUGGAGACAGUCUACGAUCUGGGGGCAAAGAUGAUUGAGGCUUUGGGGAAGGAUAAAGUUCAAAGUGGCGAUGUGAUUGCAAUUGAUAAGGCUUCGGGGAAGAUUACAAAACUUGGGAGAUCAUUUUCGAGGUCUAGAGAUUAUGAUGCAAUGGGACCACAGACGAAGUUCGUGCAGUGUCCUGAUGGGGAGUUGCAGAAGAGGAAAGAGGUGGUGCAUUGUGUUACACUUCAUGAAAUCGAUGUCAUCAAUAGCAGAACACAGGGGUUCCUUGCUCUUUUCACUGGUGACACUGGCGAAAUACGAGCUGAGGUGAGGGAACAGAUUGAUACAAAGGUUGCAGAGUGGCGGGAGGAAGGAAAGGCAGAGAUCGUUCCAGGUGUUCUGUUCAUUGACGAAGUCCACAUGCUUGAUAUCGAGUGUUUUUCGUUCCUAAAUCGUGCUUUAGAAAAUGACAUGGCACCAAUAUUGGUUGUGGCAACCAACCGAGGAAUCACAACGAUUCGAGGCACAAACUACAAAUCCCCACAUGGGAUCCCAAUCGAUUUCCUGGAUCGGCUGCUGAUCAUAUCGACACAACCAUACUCGGAAGAAGAGCUGCGGAAGAUUCUUGAUAUAAGGUGCGGAGAGGAAGAUGUAGAUGUAUCGGAAGAUGCAAAGGUUUUGUUGACGAAAAUCGGGGUGGAGACGUCUCUGAGAUACGCGAUAAAUCUGAUAACAUCAGCGUCAUUGUCAUGCCAGAAAAGGAAAGGGAAGGUGGUGGAGAUGGAAGACGUGAGUCGAGUUUACGAGCUGUUUUGGGACGUGAAGAGAUCGACGCAGUACUUGAUGGAGUAUCAGAGCCAAUAUAUGUUCAGUGAAGCAGCAACAAUGGAAGAUGAAGAAGCCAAUAUGAUGGUUUGAGUCCUUGUAAUUGUGGCAUUACAACUUUAAGUACUUAUUUAUGGUCUGAAAUUAAAUGUUAAAACUAAUCCGAUGGUCGCUAAGUUGAAGUUACAAUCUUCGUUAGCCA